AUGAAGUUAAAGACAGAAUACACUAAAGUGAUGCAAGAAUAUAUUGAAUUGAAUCAUAUGGAAGAAGUACCAGAAGAAGAAUUAGGGAAACCCUCUGUCUACCUUCCUCAUCAUGCAGUUGUAAAGGAUACAAGUGAGACUACCAAAAUAUUGGUUACCAAACAGGAUGCAGAUUACCAACGAAUUUUGUGGAGAAUUGAUCCAAAUCUUAAAGUCAAAGAUUACAGAUUGCUUCGGGUAACAUUUGGAAUUGCUUCAGCUCCGUUCCUUGCUGUAAGAACUCUACAACAAGUUGCAGAAGAUGAAGGCAAAGAUUUCCCUGAAGCAACUAGAAUGAUUAAGGAAGACUUCUGGAUGGAUGACUUAUUAUCUGGUAACGAUACAGUAAGUGAAGCCAUUGAAUCAGCGAGAAGUGUUAGUGACAUCUUGAAUCGUGGCGGUUUCAAAUUACAAAAAUGGUCUUCUAACAGUAUUGAAUUUAUGAAAAAUAUUUCACCUACAGAAAGAAGUACAUUGAUAAAUGUGGAUAUGAACCUGGGAGGAACUGUUAGAACAUUGGGGUUAUCAUGGAAUAUAGGAGAUGAUAUGCUACAGUAUAAUCUUAAUUUGCCAGAAGUGCCACUUACCAUUACUAAGAGAAGUAUACUUGCUGAGAUACAACGCUUAUUUGAUCCACUUGGUUGGAUAGCACCUGCCUUGUUAACUGGAAAACUAAUAAUACAAAGACUAUGGUUGAAAAGACUUACCUGGGAUGAAGAAGUAGACUCUGAAACUAAAAGAGAUUG